GGCUGCCAAGAAAAGCGCUGGCGAAAGCGCUUGAGGCUGCCGACCGUCCGUUCGAUAGGUCCCAGGCCUCUCUGGCGCUGGGGCGCUGGCCAGCGAUUCGCGCCGCACGUCAACGACCGCCUCCGCGCCCGUUUGCGAGCAAGAGGCCAACCAGCAGCCAGAAAGAGGCGUUGCUAGUGGCGGCAAAUAAAAGACACAGGCCAAGGGGAGAGACACUACCACCCAAAGGUGACAGCCAGAGGCGGCGACCUGAGCACGCGGCGGGUGGCCGUGGACAUCGCCGCACGCGCGCGGCGGGAGGAUCUGCCGCUCCUCCACCAGGAAAAGUCGAGCCAAGGCAUGGCGGGCAUCUCUCCCCCGGGGUGUGGGCAGAGAGGAGCACGGCGCGGCCGGCCCAAAGACGGAAAUCAGUCGACAGCUCCUGGCUGCGGUCACUCGCUCGCGCCCCUUUGGGAACCAAAUGCUGCGUGGGGAUGCCAAAAAAGGGACUGGACAAGGGGGCCGACGACAAGGGGACAAAGAGGCCCGCCCGUUGGCCCCUCCACCCCCCUUGUCCUUGGGCCCUUGUCCUUGGCCACCCACACCAAGCCACCUGCCCGGGGUUCUUUCUCCCUGCUGGACGAGGAGGAGCCGUAGCCGUCUCUGGCCCGGUACGGAAAGGGCACUUACACCACCACCGUCGUUUCUAUAUAGCCGUCUGGCUUCCUCGUCCAACCGCUCAUUCUGUUUCCUUUCUCUCCUCAUGCUCUUUAGCAGUCCCUGAAUCCCCUUUCUUACCGUCUUCCUUUUCAUCAUCCAUUCUACAACAGAUUCACUUCUUGAGUAAAGUCAUUCGCUUUCUUUGCUCCCUUCGUUAUCAGCAAGACUGGUUUUUUCACCACAACACUUUUGCUAUCGACCUAGCUACACUCGCUCAACAGCUCCAUAUUUCCGUCUCCAACUCUUGAAAACAACAAACAACCCAACCAAAUCCACAACCAACACCGCAAACAUGAAGUCUGUCACCAUUCUGGCCCUGGUUGCUGGGGCUUCGGCUACCUUCAAGGGUGCCAACCCCUUCACCUGCCCGUCCAACACCGACAACAAGUGCGAGGAGAAGCAGAAGACCGGAUUCAACUGGGGUGACAUGCCCCUGGGCAACGUCGACAACUACGAUAGGUUUAAGUUCAAGGGCUGGGAGUGCUCCGAGGACAAGAACUUCAAGCGCCGGGGCCAGUUCGACCGCCGUACCCCCAACAAGGUCAUCGGCGGCACCUGCUUCCCUGAGAAGCCCAAAUGCCCCUCGUUCGGCUCGCCCGACAAGUUCUCGCUGGACAAGAUCCACGUGUCGACUGAGUUCGACUGCGAUCUCGAGUUCCACUACGACAUGCCCGACGGUUCUCUCUGCCGUCACCGUGCCCCUUGCAAGAAGGGUGGUUCCAAGAUCAAGAACACCCAAUGCGGUGGUGCCCAGAACGUGACCAUCAUCUACCCUCCCCAGCCCAACAAGCCGAAGCCGCAGUGUGGCAUCACUGUCACCAGCAUCGACUUCGACUGCGGUCCCCCGAAGGUCACCUCCACCAGGCCCCCCACCACCUCCCCUACCAAGCCUGCCGUCACCACCACUGCCCCUGGCACCACAAGCACCGAGCCUGCCGUCAACACCAGCACUAGCCCUACCACCUCUGCUCCUGCCACCAGCACCCAGCCUGCUGCCGGCUCCAGCACGUCUACCACUGCCCCGGGAACCACUGCCCCUGGCACCACCGCUCCCGGCACUACUGCUCCCGGCACUACUGCUCCUGGUACUACUGCUCCCGGCUCCAGCGGCUCCAGCAGCACUGUUCCUGGUACCACUGCUCCUGGCACCACAGCCCCGGGCACCACCGCUCCCGGCACGACUCCUCCUGGUACCACCGCUCCCGGCACGACUGCUCCUGGCACCACCGCUCCCGGCACGACUGCUCCUGGUACCACCACCUCUGUCUCCAGCACCUCUGUCUCCAGCACCACCAGCACCAUCACCACUGUCUUCCCCAGCACGUCGACCGUCUUCACCACCUCUGUCUCGACCAUCAUCAGCUGCGGCGACAACAAGCCUGACUGCCCUGGCCAGUCCAAGACCACUGUUGUCACUGUCAGCGUUCCGGUGUCGACCACCGUCUACUCCAUGACCACCACCACCGUCAUCUCGUCGGUCGUGUCCACCGUCACUCCCGGCACCACCACCACCCCCGCCGGCCCUGUCGAGACCCUGCCUUGCCCCGAUGUCGUUCCCCAGUGCCUGAACACCUGGAUCUUCCAGCUUGGCUGCAAGGACAACACCGACACCGCGUGCUACUGCCCCGACAAGACCUUCGCCGAGAACGUCUUCCAGUGCUUCUACGCCCACGGCGCCAGCGACGAGACCAUCAGCAAGGCCGUCACCUUCUACCAGGGAAUCUGCGCUCCGCACAUCCCCCAGAACCCUGCCAUCGUCACUGCCCCCACCGUUACCAGCUACAUCACCGUGACCCCGGCCCCCACCAGCACCAACCCGGCCGCCGUCACCACCAUUGUGCUCUCGACCACCACCGUCGUGCCCUGCAUUGAUGACGACGGCUCGACCAUCCUCAGCUCGAGCUCCACCGUCACCAUCAACACCUCGGUCACCGUCCCCAAGCUGGGCUUCACCACCGCCUCCGGCGUCUCUUCGACCGCUGUUGUCGGUCUCAUCCCCAUCACCACCCCGAUUAGCGCCGUCGUGCCGGCCCCCACCACCUCCACCAGCCCCGCCGGUACUGGUGUCGUCCCUGGUCAGACCACCCCGGUCGGUGCCACCCCCGCCCAGCCUACUACCACCACCCCUGUGGUUGCCGGCGGCGGCCGCGUCCAGGUCGGCGCUGCUGGCCUGGCUGCCUUUGCCGCCAUGGCCGUCGCCGCUCUCCUGUAAGGGGAUGUAGCGUGACGCGGGCGCGAGCACUCGGCAAUUCUGUUCCCGUGUACUAGUACACUUUUGCAUAUGGGACUGUCGUCCCCACCAUCAUAUUCUUGACGAUCCUUUAACGACACGAGGCAGCAUCUCUAUGGUGUGGCCCUUCACGGUUAUUUGGCUUUCCUUGUUUCCUUUACUACAUGUACCAGCAUCUUCUGAUUUUCAUUUUUGUCUUUACAUGGCGAGCCCGUGAGCCCCCCUCCUCUAAUUAUAACCAAUGCCAUAUACCCUCGGGAGUCUGGGACUCGAAUAACACGGGGAAAGGACGAGAAAAGGAAC